AUGCCCAUGAAGGGCAGUGCAAUCCCUGUGGAGCUAUACUACAUUUUUCCCACAUUGUGGGGACGUGAACAGUAUACCUUAUAUGGGAUCCUUUUCAUAGUCUUUGUUAUCCUUCUGAACGUCACAGCUUGUAUCUCCAUUGCUCUGACAUACUUUCAGCUUUCUAGUGAAGACUACCGCUGGUGGUGGCGUUCACUUAUGUGUGGAGGGUCCACAUCUAUUUUUGUGUUUGGUUAUGCUAUGUUUUACUACUACAAGAGAUCCAACAUGUCUGGAAUGCUUCAGUCAGUACAGUUUUUUGGAUACACACUGCUGACAUGCUAUGUGUUCUUCCUGAUGCUCAGCACAGUGGCUUUCUAUGCCUCCUUAAAGUUUAUAAGAUACAUUUAUGUCAACCUGAAGAUGGACUAACUUAGAUCAAACCAAGGAUGGAAAGUUGGGACAAUUUUGACGCUGCCCAAUACACAAGUUGUUUGAAGUAUAAGUAUAAUUAAUCUAAACUUUAUUGGAUAAAUGCCCCAAAGGGUUAAUGGGUCAUUUUUGAUCUGUGCAAGCAUGCAGUACUUAUCUUACAGCUAUUUAACGUUGUGAGGUGUAGAUUAACCUUUUGGCUCCCACAGUCUGGGAGAAAA